UGCCAACUGACUGUCACGAGUCCACUCCCCAAGAGAAGCCCUACAUGAAGUUCUCCUAUGCAGUAGGCUACAAAACAACUAAAUUGAAAGCUGCUUAUUUUUGUUGGAAAUAUUCUCAAGAUCUGUCAGGGAGAACAAGAUGUUCGUUUUACUCACUCUACUGACACUCAGCUGGGGUUGGUGUGUGUCCCCUCACCCAAGACCAAAGUGUGAUCGAUGCAAUGAAAACUUUGUUUGUGACUGCACUUCUUUAAAUCUACAGGAAGUCCCUGCUAUCUCCACAACAUCAGUCAUAAGCCUGGACCUCUCCUUUAAUGAAAUCAAGACUAUAGGGCAGGAUGACUUCUUUGAGUACAGUAAUCUACAUGUACUGAUUCUGAGGGGAAAUAUGAUAUCCUCAAUUGCAGAACAAGGUUUCUUAACUCUCAGAAAGUUGGAGGUUUUGGACUUGUCAGAUAAUCAAUUAAAUGGUUUGUCUGAGAUGUGGUUUAAGAGUCUCUCCUCCCUUCAUCAUCUAAAUCUUUUGGGAAAUGAGUAUAAAACAUUUGGGGGAAAGACUCUGUUUCGCUCAAUGACACAGCUUAGUACUCUAAUGGUUGGGAAUGGAUUUCUUGCCUCAGUUUCUAAAGAUAGCUUUAUCGGACCCAACCAUCUUCAGAGCUUUGUAUUUCAUGGCAGCAAUUUGCAGAACUACCAACCAGGUAGCUUCAGCCAAAUCAACUCCAUUGAUGAAGUCACUGUUAGCAUCAACGGUCCAUUUCAGAUAAACACAAGUCUUACAACAGACAUCUUGAGAGAUCUUUCACGUCCUGAGACCAAAAUCAUUUUGUCAGAUUUAAGAAUCAGCUGGCAACAACUGAAGCCUUUUCAAGUGAUCUUUCAGAAGGGUGUCAAAAACUUUCUCUUGAGAAAUCUAAGCUGCAACAUGGACACUAUCGGUGAACUAUUUGCUAUGACACACAUGUCAGAACUGACCUCUAUUGGCUUGGAGGAUUCAGAGUUUAAUGGAGAGCCAACCCUCUCUAUGGAAUUUCCAGAACUUCCCCAUAUUCGUGAAAUAUAUAUAAAAAAUGUUAAAAUUGAAAAGUUUUAUAUCUUUCCAGCACUCAUCUGUGGUAACUUUUUGUGCCUUCCCGUGCUGAGAUUUGCAUCUCAGCUCAAGCGGCUGAUAAUAAUUGAUAGCAAUUACUUUGCAAUGCCAUGCUUUCAAUCACUCCUUUUUAUCAGUCUUGAAUACCUUGAUAUUAGUAGAAACCAAUUUAGUGAUCUAACAGUUCCAGAGGCAUUUUGCCAUGGUCAAUGGACUUUUCUAAAUCUUGUUACAUUUAAUGUUAGCAGUAAUUACUUGAAGUCCUUCGACACCCUGAGCCACCUCUUCAGAGGAAUGGAGAAGCUGGCUGCUCUUGAUGUGAGCCUGAAUGUUUUCCGCACUAUGCCCCUGAUCUGUGUCUGGCCCCUGUCUCUCCGCUACCUGAAUCUCUCCUCAUGUCAGUUAAGAGGAGUGACCUCAUGUCUCCCGCAGACUCUACAUAUCCUGGAUUUGAGCUAUAAUGACCUGAUGGUAUUUAAUCAAAGCAUAUCAGACUUGACUGAGCUCCAUCUAUCUGGAAACAGAUUCAAGACCUUACCAGAGGGAAAACUCUUUGACCGGUUGGAGGUGCUCUACAUCAAGAGCAACCCUUUCAUAUCCUUCAGUCAAAACCAGAUAAGGAACUUUGGUGGGCUCGGGAUCUUGGAGGCUGGUACAGACACGUAUGUGUGCUCUUGUGAAUUUGUGAACUUCUUCAACCAUGAACUCGGUCAUUUAGUUAGUUUAAAGGACGGUAGGCAGGCAUACAUCUGCAGUUCACCAUUUGCACUGAGAGGGACAAAAGUUAGCGAUGCCCAACUCUCUGUUUUCGAGUGCCAUGCAGCGUUGGCCUUCUCUGCCCUGUGUGUGUUUGUGCUUGUGGUCGUCAUUGGUGCCAUGGUGAUGUGUCACAAGCUUCACAUGAUUUGGUACGUCCGAAUGACAUGGGCAUGGCUGCAGGCCAAACGGAGGCCUGUGGCCCGCAAGGAUCAGGUGUGCUAUGACGCCUUUGUGUCCUACAGUGAGAGCGAUUCGGAGUGGGUGGAGGAGCUGCUGGUGCCAGAGCUGGAGGGCGCCCAGCCGCCAUUCCGCCUCUGCCUGCACAAACGUGACUUCCUGCCAGGGGGCUGGAUUGCGGACAGUAUCAUGGCGGCCAUGGAGAAGAGCCACAAGAUUCUUUUUAUAGUGACCCAGCACUUUGUCCAGAGCGACUGGUGCCGUUUAGAGUUGGAGUACUCACACUUCCGACUGUUUGAUGCAGGCAUACUCAUCCUCCUUGAGCCUAUUCCCGACUCAACAAUUCCCAAAAGGUUCUGCAAGCUGCGCAAGGUCAUGAACUCAAGGACCUAUCUGGAAUGGCCCGAGGAAGGCAAUGAAAGAUCCAGAUUCUGGCAGUCUCUUAAAGACACUUUACAUAUGGCUGAAUAAUGUCUGGUACUAUCAGCUCAGUAUCAAUGGACGUAGUUUGCUAAGUAUCUAUUGUGCUUUAUCGCAUAGAGAAGCAUUUACUAACAUUAAUAACUGGUUUUAGAGACAAAUUAAAUUGGAUUGCUUUGUUUCCUUUUUUUAUUUUUUAUUUUGUUCACUUCACAAUGCUUUAUCUUGAGUAUUGCCUACUGUUUAAUAAAACUAAAGCUACUUCCCUUUA